AUGGCAUCAAGAAAAUGCAUAAACGACCUAUUGGUCAUGACUAAGGACACUGAUCCGGAUCUUCGAUUCAUGGCUUUGAACGAUCUUGAAAAGGAAAUGUCAAAUACAAUCAACCAUAUCGCAAGUUACGAAGUAGAUGAAUAUGCAAGGAUAUUGUUAACAAGAUUGAAUGAUGAGUUCCCUGAGGUUAGAACACAAUCUUUGAAAUGCUUUGAAUCCUUACCGUAUAGAUUGAAAGUUGAUAUUUUACCCGUUGUUAGAACUCUAAUCAAUAAGAAACCUAAGAAAGUUUCGAUUACUUCUACAAUUUAUACAAUGGCGUUACACAAUAUUCUGGAAAACUUGCCCUUAAUAGAAGAAGUGCACGUGGGAAUCAUUAACAUUGUCUUGCCUGAGAUAUUUAGUGAUAGGGAGAAGUUCAAACUGGAAAUUGAUUAUAUUGAGAUUUUAACAGAUUUAAUUGAAUAUUCAGGUAAAUAUUUCAAUCAAACACAAAUAUUCCAAACCUUGGGGUUUCUGACAGAAGUCAUAUUCACUGCAGAUGCAAUUAUCUCAAAAAAAAGUAUAAGUGCAUAUGGCUCACUUUCUAAAAAUAUUGAGAGCAUUGAGAUAAUUGAAAACUUUCUUAAAAAUAUUACACAGUUAACCAAUUCUUAUAAAAAUUUCUAUGAAGGCCAAUCAAAGCUAUUAUCUGUUAUUUCUGUAUCGUUUGCAAGCAACUCACUUAGUUUUGAGCCUUUUGCAUUACAACUGUGGGAAAUUAUCAGUAGUUGUUUAAAGGUAAAUGAAUUAGGAGACUUAGAUCAAGAUUACGAGAACCAACAGGAAAAGGAUAACCUAAGGGUUGAAGCCUUAACAGCUGCUUUGAGCCUAUUUAAAAAUUGUAAGAGUGAUAAUACUUAUUUUCUGACCGGCGAUUGUCUUGAUAUCUGUGAGGUGUUGAUCAAGUAUGAUCCUUAUGGCGAUAACAGUGAAGAUGACGAAGAAAGUAAUGCUUUGGCUGAUGAUAUUAAAGAUUACAAUGACUUUGAAGAUGAAGAUGGUGAUAGCUAUAGUGAUUAUGAGGACGAUGAGGAUGCCGAUGAUGAUAAUUGCUCCUGGAAAGUGAGGCUGGAAGCUUUAAAUGUAUUGUCUUGUGUGAUUGAGAAUUUCCCUCAAAGAUUACCACUAGCGUUGAAGAAGUGCUUUAAUGAUAUUAUGAUUUUAUUAGAUAUUGAAAAAAAUAAAAAUGUCUUGCUGAGGCUAUGUGAAACUUUAUCAUUCAUUUUUGAAUUAAGCUCACCUGAUGGUGCUUACUAUAAUUUAUUAAACUCUAAAAAUAUGGCAGAAACUACCAAUGGAAGAAGAUUAAGUGAUGUAAGUAUGGCCUGUAACGAUGAUCCUUAUGCUUUAUUUGUUGGGAGUGCUGAGAAUAUCAAUGAGAAAAUCCUAAAGUUAAUCAGGAGUAAUGAAGCAGUUGUCAAUGAUAAACCAGAAGCAUUUUUGAAGCUAGUUUCAAACAUAACGAGAACUCUCGGUGGUGUAGGUUCGCAUUACGUGGAGUCAUAUAUUGUUGCGUUGAAUCAAAGCUGGAAUUCUAUCCCUUACACUGUACAGACACACUAUUUCUAUUCUGCUUUUCUAGAAAAUGACAAGAUUGAUUCAUUUGGUGAUGGGCUUCCUUAUUUUGUUAAUUUCCUAAAAAAUUGUUUGUCCAAUAGAUCCAACCAAAAAAUGGUGCUUGAAGGUAUGAGUUUAAUCAAUGAAAUAUUUGAAACACAGUGCCUUGGUGAUGGGGAUUAUAAUAGUACCAUCAGAAAUAAUGAUAUUGUCACACAAUUAUCUUACCUCCUAGUGGGGUUUUUACUUGGAAAGCUUACUGAUAGAAACUUGUCUAGCGAAAUGAGACUACAAGCAUUAAACUCACUAACAUCGAUGUGUUUGAAAGCUCAACUUGAUAAAGAAACAGUGAAAAGUAUCUUAAACGCAUUAACUGAAACGCUAUCCACUGAAGUUUUAGCCUUUAAUACUCUAAACGCCAUUAAAAAAUUUUGUUCAUCAGGAAAAAUCAAUUUUGCAAUAAGUCCAGAAUGGAUUAAAGCAAUUUUGGGUUACAUUUUACAGUAUUUUAAGAUUUCAGAACUAAGUGGCACGUGUGUUAAGACAGUUUCCAUAAUUACUUCCUCUGGGUUUUUUGAUGAAGCUGAUGGCAAAUCAAUACUCUUGGCAAUUGGUACCUUAUUCUCUAAUAAAAUGUUUACACCCCUGAACUGCGUUGAUAUAGGUAUUACCCUGACAAAUAUUCUGGAUAAAGUUAACAUAACAAGUGAUAUGACUACAUUCAUCUCCGUGUUAAUUGAGUUGAGUAAAUUUGAUGAAUUCGAUGAAGUUUUGCCUGAUUUGAUGGAGAAGAUUUUGCUACAGACUACAGAUUCAUCUCUCUCACAGGCAAUACAAAGUUUUGAUGAUAUAUCGGAUAUCAAAGUAUCAAAAUUGUUGGCCGUUCUUAUGGUUACUUCCAAGAAUUACACUUCCAUUGAUAAUAUUAUUCAAAAUAUACAAAGUGGUAAUGACGUUUACUUUUCACUUGUUUUUUUGAAUCAAGUUUUGAAAUCUGUUGAUUUAAAAACUGAGCUUGGUUUAUUUUUGAAUGGAUAUUCUUCAAAUGAAUCUAAUGUUGUUAACAUGACCAUGAAGACGGUGUCCACUAUCGUCUGUAAAUAUCCUGAUAACUAUUUACCACAAUUUAUGGUGUUUUUAAAAGGAAAUGCGUCAACGCCCGCAUUCAAAACGCUUGCAAAUAUCUUAGAUCACGUACAUUUAUCUCAUGAGUCUGCAAGUCAUUUGUUUAAGUUAAUUAUAGAUGUACAACGAUCCAGUCCCCAGCUGGAUAAUACCACCGAAUACUCCAAUGCUGCAGAUUGCCUUGGUGCCUUGGCUUUCAAAUAUAACCUUCUACCUGAUUUACUUGAUGUUUUAUCAGCUACCAAAUCUUCUCACUUAACGUUAUUGAUUACUCUUGGUGAUACAGUGAAAUAUACAUUCGGAAACACCCAGUUUUUAGAAAACGCAGAACUUUCGCAAUUAGUAAAAUAUUCCGAAAUGACCACAAAUAAUUUUAUCUUUCAUUCUAAUCUUCUGAUUAAAGAGGUUGGUGCCUUCAACUUGAACUUAAUUCUAAGCAAGAAAGUAAAUAUCGCAAUUUCUCUAAUGAAUAAGAUUGUUCCAAAUAUAGUUGAAACUGAAAUCAAACCUAAUAAAAGCUUCAUACGUGUGCAGAUGAUUGGUCCGUAUAAGUAUAAAAUUGAUGAUGGUUUAAACUUUAGAAAACAGAUAUUUGAGUCUAUUUACAACUUGUUCAAAGUUUUAGAAGAUAACAGAGGGCUAGAGUUUUUAUGUGACAUUGAAUGGAGAUUACUCUUUACCAAAUAUUUUGAUUGUGGUAUUAAAGAUGACCAAACUAUCUCUUCUGUAACUUUGCUUACUACAUUGAAAAUAUUUGAGCACCAGCCCGAAAUCUUUGUGCAUAAUUUCGGAGAUGUUCAAAUCUUUGAAUCAUUUCUUGAAAGAUGCCGUAAAGUACUCAAUAAAAAAAUCGCAGAUAAUGCUGUUAAGCAGGAUAUUGAAAAGCAGACAAAUCUAGUCAAAUCACUAAUUCGGUUCUUGAAAAGAACAGAAAGACUAGUUGAAUCCAACCAUUUGCUUCUCAGUGGUAGCCAACUAAGUGCUUGGAAAGCACUGAUCAGUGAGACUAAAGCCAAAUUUUUAAUUUAUAAAACUGAAGAAGUUGAUUAA